CGGUUUUCCCUGCGUCAUUCUGACGUGGUUUCCCCAUGCAGCGGGACAAGAAGCGCGUCCGCUGCGACCGAUGGGCGCGACUUCGCAGCUCGCCUUUGCUGAUGGCUUCAACGGCAGUCACCAUCAUCUUUCACGUGGCCAUGUACGCCUGUGGCUUAAUGAGCUGCAGAGAAGGCGGCCACCUUUGGAACACUAUCUCAGGAUAUGAGGGCGGAAAGAUGAUGAACAUGACUGGGACAUGGUUAGCGAAACCCUUUGCGGCCUUGGAUCAUCCUUGGAAGGACCUCUCCAACCGAACUUGCGGAGGCACGGAGGGUGGUCAUCGUCCAGCGCCAGAACUAGACACCUGGGUGUGUACUCCAACGAUGGACGUCCGGGCAGAGGAUAGCUAUUCUACGUGGAAGAGGACUCUGCCGAGCAUGUCUGCGCUGAUGUUGCUCUUCCUGAUUUGUGCUUGGUGUUCCGAGCUUGGGAGCUCCAAAGCAGGACGUCUCAGGAUGCACGUGUUCUUUGGCGUCCUGGUAAUCUUCAUCUCCUUUGGUCUUUUGGGGACCGUCAUCGUGGCUGUCAUGGGUUUGAUCAUCAUGGCGGUGCCCAGAGUUCCGGCCUUGUCCUCCAACGUGGCACUGGCGGUGAUUUGGGUUCUCACCGUGGUCUUUAUGGAGCUGGUGUCGCUUUUUCUCGGUCAGCAUGACCAUGAAGUGCCUGGCUGGAACUAUAACCAGGGAAUCAAGUCUUGGUGCCUGUUGGAGUACAUUGUAUGUGGAGACGCCCUUUACAAAAACCAACCCAAUUCUCAGGUAUGUUCCAUUUCGAAGUACUUCUUGAUUUCAGGUCUAGCUCCAUGGUUUGUCUUCCGCUUCGUUGCGUUGAAGUUCAUCUCCUUAGCCUCCGACACACUGUGGAGCUUGCGGGGCAAAGAGAUCAGAGACGGCUUAGAGUCCAAGUCGGAGUUGGUUCAACGAACUGAACGACACUUGGUUCAGAUCCCGGAGACCAACGAUGAAGAAACCGCGGAGGGGUCUGACCCAUCGGUGACUGUCGACUUCUACUCCUGGAAGUACUACUUGGCAUAUCUUGGGUAUCCGCCACUGUUCUUUGCUGGGCCUAUCCUUUCCUACAACGCAUUUGUGUCUCAGCUCGAGAAGCCCAUUUUAUCCUACUCGGCCGGCAUGGCGCCUGACAACGAGCAAGCGAAAAGAGCGAGGCACGGCGUGAUCUACUACGGCAUCCGCGUUUUGAUCUUGAUGGUGGUCAUCGAGGUCUUUUCAGUCUACUGGUGGUACAGUCAGAAGCUGAAUAUGAUCACAUGUACCAGCAAAGAUCCAUACCCCAGAUGUUUAUUUGACGACCUGUCGGUUUGGGAGCUUUACAUUGGCAUGCACGUGGUCUUGCACUUUACGUGGCUUUCCUUGAUGAUCAUUUGGCGUUUCGGCCGACUCGUUGCCCUGGCCGAUGGCAUUGACUCCUUCGAGAACAUGCUUGGAUGCGUGUCAUUCAACUACACCUUCACAGAGUUUUGGCGUAUUUGGCACGCCUCCAUGAACGAAUUCAUGCUGAGGUAUCUAUAUCUCCCAUUGGGUGGGAAGAAUCGGGCCUGGCUGGCUGUGCCCGUGGUUUUCCUGUUUGUGGGAUUCUGGCACGAGCGUACUGGAUUUGGAACUCAACCUGCCUGGUAUGCAUGGGCUUUCUUGAACGCACUUGGCGUGAUCAUCAACAAGUUCUUGGAGGACACCCUGGCACGAUAUCGGAAAAGUGGGCGAUGCGCUGCCAGUGGCCCAGCUCGUUGGCUUGUGGAGCUGGAAAAAAGCCGACUCAGUGAUCAGCCAAGAAGAUGGGCGGCAGAGGCAGCUUUCUUUCUGGGCAGAGGUUUGGGUCCGGUGGCAUUGAUCUUAGUGAAUGUCCCAGCAAUCUACCUCUCCAACUCCCUACAAUUCUAUCACAGCAUGUUAAUGCGUGGCUGGCACUCAGCAGCCUUACUGGUCACAUUGGUGGUCACUUUUGGAUGUAACGCACAAGUGGUGGACGCUCUCCGUGCCGAGAAGCCACCACCGCCGCCUCACGCGCAAUCGCUCCAGAGCAUGAGAAGCUACGAUGAGUCUCCCUCGGCGGGUGGCUAAAUGGUGAGAAAUUCUGGAUGAAC